AGCCAUCUCAAGUGCAAGUCCUAAAGUGGACAAGUCUGAUCCCUCAACACCGGCGACGCCAUCGAAGCGCUCGCAAGGCAUGACGAACGAAGCUAAUCCAAGGCAAAAGCCGCGCAUCCAGUCUGCAUACGAAUUCGAGGAAAUAGAGUAGACGACGCUCAGGCUUUUCUGCGCUCGGGCCCUGUUCUAUGCACCGGUCAAAUGUCACAAUCUGAAGCAUGCGCUCCUUACCGCAAGCGCCUGACAAUGGCAAAACACGAGCUCGAUCUAGACGAGCCACUCCUAUCGGAUGGGGAUUUGCGCGAGCCGAGCCGGGUUCAAUGGCGAUCUGCGGUAGUCAAAGUCAUCUUGGCAGCAUGCUCGCUCUGCGCAGCGAUUGGUCUCUUUGGGGGUUUUACCUCACUCGUGCUUGUCCGUCACGGGUCCAGUGUCACAUCUCGAAAGUGGUCUUAUUCAGCAUUUUCUGGCCAGGUCUGGUCGACGGACGGUUUGCAGAUUGAAUACCGCACUACUCUUGUUUCGGCGCUCUUUCUCGACCCCAACGAUGUAAUGCGACAUCCGCCUGCUCAGUAUUUUGAAUGGCUGGGCAACUUCCUACGAGCGAACGAGCAACCCAUCGUCUUCUACACCUCGCCUGAUCUCGUAGCAAAAGUGCAGGCUGCGCACGGACCAAGCACAUCAACCCGCCCUUUACAGAUUGUGACCGUAGCCUCUGCGCUCACGUUGCCUCCUAUACUCGAGCUAGGCGGUCAGCAAUGGUUGCAACAACAAUGGCGACUCGAUCCUGAGCAGCGCAUCCACUCGACACUGAUGUAUGCCGUUUGGAUGUCCAAGGCAUGGUUCCUCGAAAGGACAACGAAGAGCAACCCGUUCAAGUCCGAACGAUUCUUCUGGGUCGACGCAGGCGCAUUCAGAAGUCAAACUAGAGUGCGAUUUAGUGAUCUUGACGUCCGCCUGGACGAAGCUUUCGGAACGAGUGGAGAUCGAAUGAUGCUUUCUGCCGUCGAGAACCUGCCGAUGGCAGACGCGCUCGAUUCGUACACGAAUGCAAGCGCUGUCCCUCUGCGCGCCAAUCUGAUUCAAGGCGCUUGGUUUGGCGGGAGCGUGACGGCAGUGAGCUGGUGGGCGCAAGAGAUGCAUCGCGUCGCGAGCACACAAACUCGCUUGGGCAGAUUCGCUGCGAAGGAGCAGGACAUCAUGAAUCUUGCAGCGCUUAUCAACAGACCACGACUGCUGAUAUUGAUGGCGAGGCAGCGAACGGGCGAAUGCGGCACCAAUCCUUGGUUCGUGUUCACACAUUGGGCAGAUGGCAGAACGGGUGCGAAGAGAUGCGAGCCCAGCUUUCUCGUAGCCUGAGCUCAGAAUGCACGAGAUAGGAACCACGCUUUGGUGUCUCCUGUUGUAAUUUUUGACGACGCGCUGCUCUGCCGCCUAUAGACCUGCCAAGCAUAAAUAACUCUCGAGAACCGCAGUCAUGCCGCCCAAGGCAAAUGGGAAAGCGCCAGUGAGCGGUGCAAAGGCAGAUGCCGCUGCGAGCAGCUUCGGCAAGGCUGUCGCGGGCUCCAUCA